AUGGUGCCAGUCUCCUUCUUAAAGUGUUUGAUGGAGCUCUCUGAAGAUGUAGUGAACCGAAUGAAAGCAUCUCCUCAAAGCAGAAGGGACAACCAGAGAUCUCCCUAUUCAUUCAGUGGCACAGCUCAAUCUUCACCAGCUGCAGAAGGGAAAUUCAGGUCUCCUACAGGAAUCCAGCCACCAACAGCAAGUGACUCUGGUCAGAAGUCUUCUGCUGCAGAGCAGGAACUGUACAGGAGGUAUGAGCAGGAACAGGCACUGGUCCAAGAGGAGCUGCUCCGUCUGGCUAAAAGAGAGAGGGAAGCAGCAAAACAGCAGGAAAGGAACAAGGCUAAUGAUGAGAGGCAGAGAGCAAGCCAGCUGCCUGCAGAUUUGGAUGCCUGGAUUGUGGAGCUGCAAGGCAGGGAGGCAGAGUUGAAGAGGCAAGAGGCCUUCUAUAAUGAGCAGUUGGCCCGUAUUGAGAGGAAGAAUGCAGAGAUCUACAAGCUGACAUCUGAGCAGUACCAGGAGGCAGCCACCAAGGCCGAGGAGUGGAUAAAGAGGAGGAACACUGAUCCUGUCUGUGCAAGCCUGCAGUCUGAAAUUCUGAAGUGCUACCAAGAAAACAAACAUGAAGUGCUCAAAUGCUCAGAGCUGGCUAAGGAAUAUCAGCGCUGUGUUAGUGCAGCUCAGAAGGACACUGUGUACUACAAAAAGUAG